GGACGUUAGUUUAUCUGAAUGUAUCAGCGUUCAAAUAACUCAUGGAGAACCUCAACACCGUGCAGACACCACUUCUCUCUUCCCACCUUGAUCUCAGAACACAGAUGGAGAGAUGGCUCCAGACUCUGCCAAAACUGUGAAGGUGAGGAUGCUGCGGAACAGAGGAUCACUGUGAUGAGGAGAGGAGCUGACAAACAUCAUUAGACCGGUGAUAAUGCGGGAUCACACGUCUGGUGCUAAUGUGGAGGAUCUGCUGAGACAGUCUCAGAUGGAGCUGCAGUGGAUCCAGAGACAGCUGGCCAUGAUCGCUGCCAGAAACGUACACCAUCAUCACCUGCACAGCAAGGCCAAGUUAAGGUAUGAGGUUUCAUCCCAGCAAGCUGCAGGCCACUCGGUCCAAACUGGGAACCGUUUUCGACUGCUGGAGGAGAGAAACCGAGCUCUGAAGCUUGAAGUCACCACGCUUCGCCAAGAAAAGCUGCAAUAUAAGAAACUGAAAGCAAAGCUCCAUGCUGCCUUGCAGGAGAAAAAUCGUUUGAACCUUGAGCUGAUCAACCACCACCUGCAGGCAUCUAAGUAUGACCAGGUGCGAUCAGACUAUGACCAGCUGAGAAAGACCUACGCUGUAGUGAGCCAGGAGAGAGACGUGGCCCAGCAGCAGAGGGGCCAACUCCAAGGCAAAGUGGAGAACCUGGAACAGGUUCUAAAGCAUAUGCACGAGGCUGUCGAGCUGAAGCAGCAGCUGCAGAUAGAGCAUGAGCGAGCCUUGGUGGCCCUUCACACCAAGCAGAAGGAGAUCAAUCAACUGCAAACGGCUCUGGUGCAAUCUGACCAACAGCAUGAGGACGCAGUUCACCUGUUAGAGGUCAAAGUUCGUGACCUGGAGCAGAAAUGCAGGUCAAAGAGUGAGCAGUACCACCAGCUUUCCAAAGAGCUGCUGAAUUUCAGUUUGCAAUCAGACACGGUGGACAUCCUGAAGAUUAAGCCCACCUCCACCUCCCAGAUCCUCGUCUCUCCAAACAGGAAACUUCCACGGGUCAUUGUUGGAUUUGAAGGCCAACGAGAGACAGGCGAUGAGAACGCGACACACACACCACGACUGAUCUCCCAGUUCUUAACCUGCACAACGGAGACUGGAGACAAAGAGCGACCAGAACUGCGGGCUGUCAAAUUUAGCACCGUGACGACGGACCGUCCCCGCAGCCCUCGACAGCUGACCCCUUCAGAGAUGGAGGAUGAGGCCACCCCAUCCCCCAGGUCCAAGCCUCGCUACACAGGCCAGGUCCGCCUGUGCACUGCCCGCUACAGUUAUAACCCUUACGAUGGACCAAACGAGCACCCCGAAGCAGAGCUCCCCCUUGUGUCUGGAAAGUAUCUGUACGUGUAUGGAAACAUGGACGAUGACGGCUUCUACCAAGGGGAGCUGCUGGAUGGCCAGCGUGGACUUGUCCCCUCCAACUUCGUGGAGUUUGUCCAGGACAAGGAAAAACUCUCUGGGGAAGGAGGGGAUAACCUGGGCCCACUGGAGCAUACUGGACCCCUGGCCUUGAUGGGAGUAGAUGGAGGUGCCUCACAGGAUGGCCUCCUGGGCUCAUCCAAUGCCUUGGUUCCCUGUAGCAAUGGGACAGGGGGGCCAUUUGACCCUGAGGACCUGGCUGAAGAUGUUGUGCCUUAUCCCCGAAAGAUAACUUUGAUCAAGCAGCUGGCACGCAGCGUCAUCGUGGCCUGGGAGCCUCCACUCGUGCCUUUGGGCUGGGGGAACAUCUCUGGCUACAACGUGUUAGUAGACGGGGAACACCGUGCCAGCGUGCAGUACGGUGGCCGGACCAAGUCUCUGCUGGAGAAGCUCGACCUGGACGGCUGCGUCCAUCGAGUGACUGUGCAGUGCGCCACCGACCGGGGCUUGUCAGACGAGCUGCGGUGCACGUUGCUGGUGGGAGCCAACGUGGUCGUGGCGCCGUGUGGUCUGCGGGUGGACGACAUCCAGCGCGACACCGCCGAGCUCUCCUGGCUUCCCAGCAAUAGCAACUACGGUCACACGGUGUUCUUGGACGGGACGGAGCACGCGGUGGUAAAGCCAGGGAGGUACAGACUCCGCUUCCUCAACCUGAAGCCCCUGACGGUGUACAAAGUCACCGUGCUGGCACAGCCGCACCAGGUGCCAUGGCAACUGCCGCUGGAGCAGAGGGAGAGGAAAGAAGCUGGUGUGGAGUUCUGCACUCAGGCUGCAGGCCCUCCCCAGCCUCCCCAUGAUGUGCGGGUGCUCUGUGGGCAGGCUCCGGGGGUCCUCCAGGUCUGCUGGAAGCCUCCCAUCCUCUCUCCCACAGGCACGUCGAAUGGGGCAAAUGUCAUCGGAUACGCAGUGUGCACUAAAGGACAGAGGGUAGCUGAGGUGUUGUUCCCGAUGGCAGACUAUGUCACUGUGGAGCUGACGAGGAUUCAGUGCCUGGAGGCCAGAGAAGUCAUCGUCAAGACGCUGUCAGUACAGGGAGAAUCCCAGGACUCCCACGUCGCCGUCAUUCCAAACAACCUGCUUGUGCCUCUACCUCCGAUCCCCCUGCCCCCGCCAAUGCACCCCCACGCAGGCCCCCCUCCCCACCACCAUGUACAACCCCACCUCCAGUCCCCUCACCUCAAUCACCCCACGCCCCAGCUUCCUGCUCCACCCCAGGCACACGGACAACCACUCCCACCUCAUGCCCCGCACCCUCAACCCCAUCCCAGACUUCCUCAUCCAGGUGGACCUCCGCCACCCCAGCUCCGGCUCCCACAUCCUCAGCCGCAGCCCCUACAUCUCCAGCCGUGCCCGCCACACCAAGGUCCCAGGCCCCAGCACCAACUGCCUCUGCUGCCCCACCACCAACCCCACCCUGUACCUCAGAGACCAGUAAGUGCCAGAGACCUGGAUGCCAAAGAGCAUGCUGCCCACCACGGAGGAGGUGUUCCACCUGGCCAGCCUGGUUGGGACCCCCAACGCUCGCCUUCGUCCCAGCCUCCUGUGCCCAUGCAAGGCCACACCCUGGAGGCCCCUCCCCAGGGAAAUCCACGCUCCCCCUCCCCUCAGAGGAUUCUCCCCCAGCCCCGAGGCACGCUCAUCCCAGACACCGUGGCCAAAGCCAUCGCCCGGGAAGCAGCACAGAGGGUAGCAGCGGAAAGUGGCAAGGGCGACAGGAGGCCGGUUAGGUACGGAGAGCAGGGUCAAUCAUUUUACCAGCAUCACUCUGAUGAGGAAGAGGAGGACGAGGAAGGGUUUGCACGCGGCCGUCGGAGAGGACCCUCUGUGGAUGAGUUCCUCCGGGGCUCUGAGCUGGGGAGGCCGCCUAACUAUAGUCACAAUGAAGAAUAUCACAGCGAAAGCAGCCGGGGCUCUGACCUGUCUGACAUCCUGGAAGAGGAGGAGGAGGAGCUGUACUCUGAGAUGCAGCUGGAAGAGGGACGUCGACGCAACUCGCACAACACACCCAAGACAAACACCCCGGGUGGGGGCGGUCACAACCGGGAGGCGGGGAGACGGGUUCACCAUCAGGGCGGUCCCCAACCUCAGAGACGACCUCUAAUGGUCCCUUCCAUUGAAGGAUACAGGGAUCGCCGCUCGCCCACGUACUAUGACGAGUCCGAGACUGAGGAGACGUUCCGGAUCUUUGUGGCGCUCUUUGACUACGAUCCUCUCUCCAUGUCACCGAACCCCGACGCAGCUGACGAGGAGCUGCCCUUCAAAGAGGGGCUGAUCAUUCGGGUGUAUGGCGAUAAAGACACAGACGGUUUCUACAGAGGAGAAGUGAGGGGCAGGAUGGGGCUGAUCCCCUGUAACAUGGUGUCAGAGAUACGAGCGGAGGACGAGGAGACCAUGGACCAGCUCAUCAAACAGGGUUUCCUGCCACUCAGCACCCCUGUGGACAGAAUAGAGCAGAACAGGAGAGGCCUCCGUCGAGAUCAGGCCUCGAGGAGGAUGGUGGCUCUGUACGACUACGACCCCCGAGAGAGCUCCCCCAAUGUUGAUACGGAGGCUGAGCUGACCUUCUGUGCUGGUGACAUCAUCGCUGUGUUUGCCGACAUCGAUGAAGACGGGUUCUAUCACGGUGAGAUGAACGGCCAUCGUGGUCUGGUUCCCUCUAACUUCCUGGAAGAAGUGCCUGAUGACGUGGAGGUGUAUCUGACCGAUACUCCGUCCCACUACCCCCAGGAAGAGCCUGCCAACCGGCCGCCCGCCAACUCUGCUGCCGCCGUCCCCGAGGGCAAACGGGUCACCACAGAAACCUCCGACACGGCCAACAACUCGGACGCCGCGCCCGUCCGAGCGCCGUCCCCGAUCGUCCGGCCUCUCCUGCCGGGCACCAUGAGGCCCCUCAGUCCCAUGAGGGCCCCCCACGUCCCGAUGGACCCCCGGGACCCUCAGGACCUGGCCAACAAGAAGAAGAAAGGACUUCUUUCCAAGGGGAAGAAACUGCUGAAGAGACUCUCCCCUGUGAAAUAGGAAAAAAAAGCAAAGCAUAUAUGUGGAAUAUGUGCCGACACGCCAGGCUCUGUAUAUUGCAUCCAUACAAUCAACCGAGAGGAUGCAGACUGAGGGAGCCUGUCUAUUCAAAUAUAACCAGUGAUAGAAUUAUUCAUGUUGAUCCACUAAAUGAUGUAAAGUGCAGUGCCAAAAUCAAAGAGAGGGGGUCACCUGCAGACACAACAUAUUACUGUGAUGUAUUUUAAAAUCCAGAAGAAAAAAACAGAAAAAAAAAAAACUAGGAUUUUCAUGACACGUAUUUCUCUCUUUUCUUCACCGUUCAGUCAAAGAAACUCUUUAUUUCAAGCAGGGUAGCUGUGAAAACAAAAGCCACGUUUCCGACGAGCUUUUUUCUCAGCCAGAACUUUACAAAAAAGAGAUGAACAUUUUCCUGGAGUAUUCACACAUCACCACAAGGCACCGUGCUCCUCGUGUAGACCACACUGUUCCUGAAGCAUUCUGCGAAAGCAAUGCUGGCUGCUAAACUCUUAAAAAAAAAAAAAAGGCUUUAUUCAGUGCAAUAUCACAGAGAGGUGGUAGCAUAUGUGUGGAGGGAGGAGGAUUUCCACUCGUGAUGCAGCAGAGAGACUUUUUUUCUGCGAUGGGGGGGGGGGGGGUUGAAAGAGGAGAAGAAGUUGAGCGGCAACGGGGCAUUAACUUCAGAAACACAAGGCGAGCUCAGCUGUGUCAGUGGCCUUUAUGAAAACAAUGUGACAUCCCUCGUCUGAUCACAAGGCUGA